ACCAGGAUUUUUUUGUUUCAAAUAUGGGUAUCACUGUACUCAUGCCCAAAAUAGAUAUGAUAUUCUAGCAAGUGUGCAAUUUGAAAAUGACUCAAAAAUGCAAUUUUGGGGAUAAAACAGAAUUUCCAUAAUACUUUUGCAGUUCAAAUAAACAAAACUCCCUAUGCAAUUUGAACUAGGAAUUUGUGGGUCAGUAGUCCAAUAGAGAUACCGGUAGACAAACAAAUGAUUGGUUAUAAACAAUUUCCCGAUGCAAUUAAAUUGCUAUGUUCGUGACAUACUAUCAUAGUCAUAGAGUGUGAAAGAACCUAAAUAGGUUCAUUCCAUUCCAUUUUAUUGAUUUUAUUUAACGCACGCAAAAAAGGCACACUCACAAUAUUUUAAAAAAUGCUAAAACAAGACGUAAAUAUCAUUACCUAAAAUGUUGAUAGUAGAUACUUUUUAGUAUUUUAAAAAUUUUAUUGCAUAUGAAGGGCCUACGUGUAUUUUUAUGAUAAUUGAUAUCAAUGACAUGAAACCAAAGGAAAAAAGUGCGAAAUGAUCAGUUGAAUUGUUUACAUAACACAAUGCUUUCAAGAAUACCAAUAAAUGAAGUUUUACCAAAUUUUGGAAAAAAAAACCCACUUCCUCACCAUUAUCAACUAUUAUAUUUUUUAGUUUGGUUAGCAUGCCACCAGACGGAUUGUGUAUUAGUGACAUUCAGUGGAAAACAUUUAUGCAUAUAUACCAUAUACAAUAUUUUGCAGACAACUUUUGAUUGCCCUGACUGUGACUGUGUGUCUGCGUAUGAAGCGUGGCCCGGAGUCAAAACCCUGACCGUGAAUGGACAACCAAUGCAAGUACAGUGUUAUAAUAACGGGGACUUCUGGUGGACAGUUAUUCAACGCCGGAUUGACGGGUCUGUAAUGUUUGAACGGAACUGGAACAGCUACAAGUCCGGGUUUGGUUCCUUGACCUCAGAGUUCUGGCUUGGUAAUGAUAACAUCCAUCUACUUACUACCAGCGGUUUCACGCUUUUGAGGAUAGAACUAUCGGAUUAUUCCGGAAUAUGGAAGUAUGCGGAAUACAGGACAUUUACAGUAGACAAUGAGGUCAACAAGUACAAACUUGUCGUUUCUGGAUAUACUGGUGACGCGGGAGAUAGCAUGGCGUACCACAAUGGCUUGGUUUUCAGCACCUACGACUCCGACAACGAUCAGUGGGGUGACAACUGCGCCUCUCUCAGAAAAGGCGGUUGGUGGUACAAAUACUGCCACGAGGCAAAUCUUAACGGGGAGUAUGCAAACGUAAACAGGUCUGAUGGAAUCAACUGGCUUAGUUGGCAUGGCUUCGAAUAUUCUAUGAAAGAAGUCAGAAUGCUGAUUCGAAAACCAUAGAAUAUAAAUUAAAAAGUCUUGGCAUUGCAAACGACAUUGAAGUACCCAUUGAAUUGUUGAUUAUUUAUUGUGCGAUGUGUUCCGAUAGAUUCCCAAAUGGAGAAAAGUUGUCAGGUUUUUCCAUUAUCAAAGUCCUUAAAAAGAUGUGAAUUUCAUCGGAUAACAAAAGAUGACGUGACAUUAUGGAUAUCUUAGAUUUUACCUCACAUUUUCUCCAUUUGUACUUCUUUGACAUGUGUUUUUUUUCUUUUUGUAUAAAAUCGGCAAAAAGGGACAAAAAGCAGCAACCCUGUACAGAUUUUGUGUCUCUUUUUUUACUGUAUGUCUUAAAGCACAAAAAUCUUUUAACUAUUAUAUAAUAAAA